GCUGACCCGGAAACGAUGGGCAGCGGGGUCGCCAUCAAGAUGGCGCAGCCCUGUACCGGUGGAGGCGCCGCCGUCGCUGCAGCCGCUGCCCCGGAGUUUAGUCUUGCCAGCUGCGCCGCCGCGCUGGAAGCGGCGCUGGGCGGCGGGAGGGACGGCCGUGUCUGGUUCAAGGAGAGCAGCGGGCGCAACCUGAGGUCCCGCGACUGGAUCGCACCCAGAGGGGCUCUGAGCAAACUCUACCCGCAGGGUCAGGUUCCCGGAGAUUUCAUCGAAAGGCUGCUGUCAGAGUAUGGUCACCGCCUGUAUAUACGCAGCUGCAUCCAGACAGGAGCUGGAUUGGUGAUUCACUUGGACCAUCCUGCCCUUUUUCAGCAGGUGCUGAGCAAUCUCCCUCUCUACACACGACCUCUGAUGUCUGUAUUGCCAAAGAGGAAAUGUGUGAUUCUGAACUGCGCACCUUUGCAAGGGAGUAGGGGACCCGAAUCAAUGACAAUUAAUCAUUUACGAACUAUCCUCCUGGCAGACCAUCUUGCUGAAGUGUUAAGACAACAAGGCUAUGUUGUACGUGCAGUGCCAAAUCUUCAGCAAAAUGCAGAAGUCUGCAAGUUCCUGAAAUCAUUCGGCGUCAACUGGACAUCCUCCCUGGAAACCGUGUCAGACGACAGAAACGUUUCUGACUUCAAGAAGAUUCUCUCAGAGUCAGUUUACACAGAGUGUGGGCAGUUGGAUACCCUUUCAAAUCAGACUUGUCUCACGCUGCCAAAAGGGGUGGACUACAAAGUGAAUCUAAGACUGUUUCUAAAAGAGAAGGAACUAGAAGGUUAUGACACAAACUUGAAUGUGGCUUUGGUGCAGGAGGAAACCCUGAGACAGGUAGCAGAACUUCAAAACACAGUCUUACAGGUGGAUGCAGCAGACCAAUGCACGGCAAUCCACAUGGUGGGCUGUGAGGAGGAGUUUCAACAGCAGAAGAUCGAUGUUCUCUGGCGGAUACUCAGCAGUGAGACUGAUCGAGUAACUCAGAGACACCUUGUGUGUGGCCCAGUGAGAACAAAAGGUGAACACUCUCAUCUCAGUGCUGUUCAGUAUUUUCAAUUUCGAAAAUCUCAAAUGCUCGAAGCAUCUGUAAUGAAGUAUGGAAACAUAGUGCAAGGUGAUUCAUGGGCUGAAAUCAUCAAUAACAUGACCUCAGCUGUUAUCAAGUUUGAACUACUGGCAACUUCACACCGCAAUCCUCUGAAUUUGGACUUGGCACAAGGUGUCAAUAUCUCGACCAAAGGAACGAGGAGUGGCGCAUUUGUAAUGUACAACUGUGCAAGGCUUGCAACACUGUUUGAUCAUUUCAACAAUUCCGUGGAGAAAGGAUUGUACCCACGUUUCCCAGAAAUAUCCCAGUUGAAUUUUCCUGUACUCCGGGAAGAGGGGGAGUGGCUGUUGUUAUAUAAUUACAUUAUUCCGUUCCGAGAAGCGUUUGCCCAGAUUACACAUUCCAUGAGUUCAACAAAAGAUAUCCAUCUGAAUGUCAACUCAGAAACGCUGUGCAAAUUCCUUGUAAACCUCAGCAUGGAUUUCAGCUCCUAUUACAACCGUGUGCACAUCUUGGGAGAACCGCUGGAACACUUGUUCAACCAAAUGUUCACUCGGCUGCAGUUGAUGAAAGGACUGAGAGAGGUUUUUCAUACAGCACUGGGUACAUUUCACAUCCUACCGCCCAGCCAGCUCUGAGAAUCCAGCACGCCCAGUACUCCAUUCCACACCACCGGGUUGAAGGAACCUAGAAUAACAUGGACUUCUCCCACCUUUAUCAGCAACAGAUCCAUCGACUGAAAUGGAGCAACUGCGAAGUUUCUUUGUCAGUGCAAUAUCUCAGCCUGGGGCUUCUCCAGAUGAUCAGAUGUGACUACGGGAAUGUCAUACGCCUGGCAGACGGAUGAUAGAACUGCUUCAUUCACCUUUCCUGUUAGCUGUCACCCUCUGCACAUCAUCCUAAGGGUCUACUUACCCAAACAUGAAACUGAUCUCUGGUUUGACAAGAAGGAUAACCGAGGGACAUCCACAGUUCUUCAUCUUCCAUGAAACCGGUUCUGGCCCCCUGUGACCCUCUCUUGAUCUGAACAAAUUCCAUUUCCUCUGUACUAAUUUAUCUCUGCUGUAUCUUAAAAU